GUGAGUAUCACAUUUGUUUCAGUGUUUGGUAUGAUGUUCAGGUGAUUUAUCUGCUGUUUUCUAUCACUUCCCCUGAGCUCCAUCAUGUCAGAGGGAAACCAUAGCGUUGUGACUGAAUUUUUCCUCACCGGAUUCCCUGGGCUUUCUCCAGAGUAUGAAGGCAUUGCCUCAGCUGUGAUGUUCUUUGUUUAUUUCUUCACUGUGACAGGCAAUGCAACAAUUAUUUUUCUGUUUGCAACAGACCGCAGCCUCCAUAAACCGAUAUAUUACAUCAUCCUCAAUCUGUGUGUUUGUGAUAUGCUCUUUAGCACCACUGCUUUACCAAAGGCCAUCAGUAUAUACUGGUUUCAGUCAGAGACUAUUUCAUUCACUGGUUGUUUUGUUCAAAUGUACUUUGUUCACUAUUUCGGCACAGUGAAUUCUUACAUUCUCUUCCUGAUGGCUUUAGAUAGAUAUUUAGCUAUCUGCUAUCCUCUCAGAUAUCCUGCUAUUCUCAAAAACUCCACCAUCCAUAUUCUCAGUAUUAGUGCAUGGCUAUUUGCUAAGAUAGGCCCUGUAGUGAUAGUUAUCCGUGCAUAUCCUCUUCCUUACUGCGCCUCAAAUGUAAUCCACCACUGCUUCUGUGAUCACUACAGUAUAACAACGCUGACAUGCACUGACAGGACUCCUUACGCUAUCCUUGCUUUCGGGAUGGCAAUGGUGACUUUACUGGUACCUCUGGGGUUCAUCAUUUUCUCGUAUUCCUCCAUAAUGAUAACUGUACUUAAGAUAGCAGAUUUAGAAGGCCGCCGGAAGUCUCUGUCUACUUGUACCCCUCAGCUGAUGGUGAUCUCACUCUAUUACCUACCCAGAUGUGUUGUGUAUUUUGCCACCACUGUUGGCAUAGAGCUCAGACGUGAUAUCGCAGUAGUUAUCAUCACGGUGUACAGCCUUUGUCCUCCUAUGAUUAAUCCAAUUAUAUACUGCUUAAGAGCUAAAGACAUGAAAGAAAGCUUUUGGAAGAAAUUCCACAGGAGGACUGCUUCACGAAAAGCACAAAUCUCUUCUGUUAGUCACUAA